AUGGCGGCAGCAUCCGGACCUAGUUUGCUGCAGCACUCGGGCAAGAAAACAAGGUUGAUAGCACAAUUCCCAAUGACACAUGUCACUCUCCGCACAAACAACAACCACAUACGCAACCUGAGAUAUGUAUCGAUUCCUACCAGGCACUUCCAUAUUCCCUACCUUUCUCCCUGCACUAUGGAUACACCCAGGUCACUGGGUGCGAAGAUACCUACAGCUCCCAUGCAUCAGCUCAGCUUCAUCGGAAAUCAGGCAUGCAUAGCGGGUGCAUUAUGCACGUUGAGACCAAUUCUUGGAAAGUCGAGCGGUACGUACCUGACUACUCUAAUGGGAAGAGCUCUGACCUGGCCGUUGGCCCAUGCUUCGGCCGCGCCGCGAUCUUCUUUCGCUUCCAUCCUCCAGCCAUCAAUCAUCGAAAGACCGAGUCUACAUCGGACUCUUCUCUUGCUCCGUAUUUCUGCUUCAACUGAGGUUGCAAGCUCUGUCCGACCGCAAGCCAAUUCCAAUGAACUGCAUCCAUGGUCGACUUGGACUCGUUACAAUCAUUUCGUCACUCACAUAUUUGUGCUCGUACGGAGUACACAAAGAGUUCGUCUUGGUCUGAAACCAGCCCCCCAAAUCGUCAAUGGCGAGCUACCUAGGUAUUCAACCACCGCUGAUCCGGGACGCUACCGACAUAAACGCAGCUUGCGGCUUCCCAAAGCCUCGGCGUCCAAGACAAUUCAACCCCGUCUUUGCCGCCUUAGUCCGGAGUGCGGCGUGCCAGGCAUAUCACGGAUCCACGUGCGCAUCAGGCCAUCUUUGGCAUUUUUCAAAGAUUACCGCUCCGUUGCCAACGAAUAUCCGUUCCAAGUACUCUUCAAGAGCAAGACAUCAAGAACUAUUAGGCGGGAGCAGCGUCUCCCGAAUCCUCAACCGUUGCGUUCGCCAUUCGAGAAACAAGACCCCAUCGUACUCCACCACGGCGGGAAACCCAUUCCACUCGACAUCUGCGUGUCCAUCUCCCGACCACUGGUCUGCAACUCGACUCCAUCUCCCUCGUGCUGCAUCACCAUUGGUCAGAAGUACUUCUGCCACGAGGUCUGGCUACAUUCUGAAGCGUCUAAGAGGUGCAAACCUCCGGGGCGGCUUGCCCUAGAGCCGCCUCGAGUCCAGACGGCACACUGCGUCGAUACAGCUCCAUGGAAUGAUGGACAGUCAAGAAAUGCUGAGACGGCGCGGAACUAUGACUUCAUCACUUUGCAACAACCCAGACACCAUACAAAGAAAAUGGCCAUUCGCUUAGCCGGCUCUCGAAUCUGGUUGAAGGGUAUCUGGACGAGCAUCGAGUCUCAUAUACGGAAGAGGCCGAAGCUUGGGUUUUCGUCGUUCCUGCAAUUGCUAGCUCGAGAGCUGCACUGCUGCAUUGCACCCAUUACCAGCACGGCUAAAGCCCGUUGUGUCCAGCAGCCUUAUCAAUAUCGUUCAAGGGGCAUCAGGCAGGGCCGCAAACUUGGCCAAUUGCCUAUAUGCUCUGCUUCAAUUUGCUCCAAUGACAGGAAUCCUCUCAUAAAUGAAGGAGACUUUUACUCGUGGAGCCACGGAGUCGAUGGAUUGAAUAUUGAUAUCGGACUGCAUCGCCAGGCGCCGACUGUUUUGAGAAGGGAUUGCGCUGCUCCUUUUCGAAAACUUAACAGCGCCAAUAUCCGUCGGCAUCAAUACCAUUGCUACCGCCAGAGAAGUCUCAUCAAUGCUAUGGGAAUACGUAUGAACGCUCCAGCGAAGCGUGAUGAGGUCACGACCAAUGAUGGUUUGAUCUUGAUUGACGAAAUGAGUAAUGGCAAGGCAUCAAAGAAAGCGAAGAAGCUCGCUCGUCCCUGGUUCGUCGAAGUUCUCGUAUCUGGAGGACGGAGAGAUCAUUCUCGGCAUGUGAAACCUCGAACUAGAGCACUUGGACCUGGAGGCGUGCUAGUGGUGUAUCCGAAGGUGCUGGCGAUCGCGUCAGCGCAAGAAUCCUACGUGGAGGCCUUUGUGUGUAUUGUGGAAUUGAGUGGGCGAAACUCCAUGGCGACAAGAUUCCGCGAAGAAGAAUAUCCACCACAACGAAUAGCCAAUGAAGUUCCGGAGCCAUAG